AAUCAUCAGUGAAGUCCUACCCUAAGAGAAAUGCCAUUCAUAUUCUGUACAUGCUGAAUAUCUUGCUGCUGCUGCUGCUCCAUUCCUCAGGUAUAUCCUUAUCUAAGAAAAUCAUAUUUUAGUAAUGAUGCAUCUCUAUUUACUACCACUCAAAGUACCCUUUUUAUCCUAAUCCCACCCACAGAUGUUCCUGCCUCUCUAGCAGCCUAUUGAUUUCCAACAGAAAAUCCCCAGACUGGUCUCACCACCUCCCCCAGCAGCCAGACCAUUGCUCACAAACAAGAAACCCCCAGACUGAUUUCAUUGCCUUUUCCAGCAGCCUAUUGUUUCUACAAAACUGGUGUCGUCUGGCAUGUUACUACACACAGCCUUGUAGUCACUGCACUCAGCCUCUUAUACAUGUGUUUUGAACCAUUUCAACAAACCACAGAGGCUUUUGCAGUGCUCGUGUAUAGAUAAAUAGUGCGUCACAAUGUACAUUUCUCUCUUUUUUCUUUGUCGAAGGAGCAGUCACUUCUUCGCGUUCCUAUACAUGAAUUUUUUACAAGCUCUAGCCCUUGUACGUCAGCUUGUGUUCCCGACCCGCCCCUUUCUGUCACCUAGCAACCUCCUGCACUUGCUCUGCUGCAGUGUUUACAGCGUUGCCAGAGAGACUGUUGAUUGGACCCCCUGAGUGGAGCGCGGCACCGGGCAUGUGAGUCCCCACAGCGUGUGUGCGCAUAGAGCUAAGCUGAUGUACUGAGUGCGCUUAGAGAGCAAUAAUUAUGGCAUAUUAGUGUGUAGGAAUGAGUAAUAUAGUAGAUCUCUAAGGUAUUAUAAUGCCUAACCAAGAUGAAAAAGGGAAGAAAUCUGAAAAUUCUAACAGGAAGAACCAGGCAAACAAUACAAGGCAGUGCUCUGAUAUUGAACGGCUUUGGUCUCUUUUAAAUGUCCAGACAAGCAAACAACAGCUUCCAGCUUUAAAAGUUACCAGUCUUCCUAGUCCUCAGCAAAAGUCAAAAGGCAAGGCAAAUGGAUGCAAAAGUCAAAAUCUAAAACAAGAAUCAUCUGAAGCUGUGGAGCUUGAAACAUUCAGUGUCAAUUACAAGAAUGAAAGGAAUUUCAGUCAACACUCUCAGCAUGCUCUGUUUCUUGACAUUUUUACUGCACUCAUAAAGAACAGGCUAGCUUGCAGAGAGUGGGUUGAAAGGGCAUCAGCCAUUCACUUAUUACGAGUGUUAAUCUGUCUGAGGUUACUUAUGCGUGAUCCAUUUUAUCAGGAGGUUCUUCAUCAGAUCAAUGGAGUUGAAAUCCUUGCACAGUAUAUGGAGACAACAUCUGAUAUAUACCUUUUGUAUGGAGAAGAACAUUUUAAUGUCGACAAAUUGGUCAAUAUGACGUAUAUUUUCCAGAAAUUGGCAGCUGUUAAAGGUCAAAGAGAUUGGGUGAUAUCCACUGGUGCUCAUAAGAUUCUUGUAAAGCUUUUGGCUGCCAGUGACAGCAAUGUGUUAUUAGGAGCUCUGCUUGCUCUUACAAGUUUAGCUGAAAGUCCAGAAUGCAGGCAGAGGAUUAGUGAGCUAAGCAUUGUUGAAAGUCUUAUGAUGAUAUUGCGUGAAUUUGAUCUUCUCUCUAAAAGGCUUGCAGCAGAUCUGUUACGUCUUCUUUGUUCAGAGACAGAAGUAAAGGAACAAGUAAAAGUAUUUGAUGGUGUCCCUACCUUACUUAGUUUGCUUCACUCUGACCAUCUUAAGUUGCUGUGGAGUGUGGUCUGGAUACUUGUCCAGAUUUGUGAGGAUCCUGAAAUAAGUGUGGAAAUUCGAACAUGGGGUGGAGUCAAGCAGCUUUUACAUAUUUUGAAAGGAGAACAGUAUCUCGUCUCUGAUCGUUCCUCUAUUGGGAGCCUGUCAAGUGCCAAUGCAUCUGGACGCAUUCGACAUCUAUAUUUACAUGAAGAUUUGAGCGCAAGUGAGAUACAGGAAAAUAAACUUUCACUCCAGGCAGCCUGCUGUGCAGCGCUUACUGAACUUGUGCUUAACGACACUAAUGCUCAUCAAGUAGUACAGGAAAAUGGUGUUUACAUAAUAGGAAUGUUGAUUUUACCAAACAAACAAAAUGAAGCUAUUCGAAGUAAAGCUGCUAUGUUACAGUGUUAUGCUUUCCGAGCUUUAAGGUUUUUGUUUAGCAUGGAAAGAAACAGAGAUCUUUUUAAAAGAUUUUUUCCACCAGAUCUCUUUGAGGUGUUCAUUGACAUUGGGCAUUAUAUUCGGGAUAUUAAGGCAUAUGAGGAGCUUGUAUUUAAAUUAAACUCUGUAAGGGAAGUUGACCUUAAGCAAAUUGCUGAUAGUAUUGAAAGCAUCAAUCAGAACAAACUGCCUACAAAAUUUAUAGGAAACUAUGCAAUUUUAGAUCAUCUUGGAAGUGGAGCCUUUGGAAGUGUUUGUAAGGUCAAAAAACGUAGUGGACAAAAUCUAUUUGCAAUGAAAGAGAUCAAUUUGCAUAAUCCAGCAUUUGGAAAAGACAAGAAGGACCGUGAUAACAGUGCAGAAAGCAUAGUGUCUGAGCUGACCAUAAUCAGGGAACAGCUUUGUCAUCCCAAUAUUGUUCGGUAUUAUAAGACAUUUUUAGAAAAUGACAAAUUAUAUGUUGUUAUGGAGCUCAUUGAAGGAGCCCCUCUUGGAGAGCACUUUAAGUCACUUAAAGAGAAGAAUCAAAUGUUUUCAGAAGAACGGAUCUGGAAUAUAUUUAUACAGUUGUGUUUAGCACUGCGCUAUUUACACAAGGAGAAAAGAAUUGUCCACAGAGACUUGACACCUAAUAAUAUAAUGCUGGGAGAAAGAGAUAAAGUUACAGUCACUGACUUUGGCCUCGCUAAACAGAAGCAAGAAAAUAGCAAACUUACAUCAGUUGUGGGGACAAUUCUAUACUCAUGCCCUGAAGUUGUUAAAAGUGAACCAUAUGGAGAAAAGGCUGACGUAUGGGCUGCUGGAUGUAUUCUUUAUGAGAUGGCAACGCUGAUUCCACCCUUUCAUAGUACAAAUAUGCUGUCUUUAGCUAGCAAAAUAGUAGAAGCUGAAUAUGAACCAGUCCCUGAAGAAAUCUACUCAGAGAAAGUUAAACAUGUAAUUUCAAGGUGUUUAACAUCAGAUGCAGACCUGCGUCCUGAUAUAGUGGAAGUAUGUGGUUUCAUAUCAGAUGUUAUGAUGAAAUAUGUGGAUGGAUUAUCUUCCUGCCAACUGACUAUGGAAAAAAAACUGGAGCGAGAGAGAAAGCGUGCUCAGAAAUAUUUAAUGGAGGCAAAUAAAAAUGCUGCGACUUGUCAUCAGUUAGUCAUGCUUCCUCCUGAUCACCUUGAUGAGUCAAGCAUCAGCAACAGUAGCAGCAGUAGUGGAGUAGCAAGCUACAAGAGUGAUUUUUCAGAGAGCAGCAUUAUGACCCCAGGCUUUAUACAAGCUGACAAUCAAGACAUCUUCAGUGCACUAAAUGAUGAAUUGGAUCCAUCUGAUAACUUAAGUUGUGCAAGCUCCGGUUAUUUUAAAGAACGUACCACUGGGUUGCUGAAACGUAGUAUCAGUGCUUCUGCUGGAGAAAGACUUGAGACAAGAGACCGUAGUGGAAGCUCCAGUUCUAAGUCAAGACCAGCAUCAGCCGGUAUUGCUGUAUCACAGAGAAAAGUCCGUCAGAUAAGUGAUCCCAUUCAACAGAUUUUAAUCCAGCUCCAUAAAAUAAUAUAUAUCACACAGCUGCCUCCAGCUUUGCAUGGCGAUUUGAAAAGGAGGAUUAUUGAAAGAUACAAAAAAUCUCUUUUCAAUCUUCAAAGUAACCCAUGUAGUUUGAAAGCAGAGAUCAAAAAGGUUUUGCAGGGAUCACCUGACAUAAUUGAACCCAGCUUUUUUACUGCCGACUGCCAUGGACUGCUUCAGUCACUGGGUGAAAAAUCAGGUAAUCCUAAAAGCUUUGAAUUUGAGGGAGGAUUAACAUAUGAGCAAAUGCAGACUAUAAUAGAAGAUGUACUGGAAGACAGUGGCUAUUACAGUGUCAAUUCUAACAGAUACUAUUCUUAUCCAUGGGGAGUGAGAAACUCAUCAACUGGAAAAAGAUAGCCUAUAUUCUUAUUGGUCCAGAGUUUUUCUGUUUUUUUUUUUUAAACUGAUUCAUUCGGUGAAUAACGCUGCUUAAGAUUUAUUGAAGAGGACAACUUAAGUUGAUAGGGCUGUUUUGGGAGACACUUUAAAGCCUUGGAUUGUUAUUGUCCUCUGUCAGGUGAAUAGAACAUGUUGCAGAAGCGAUUAUAAGGAUUCUUGAGUUCAUGCACGUGUAUAGACUUUUCUGCAUUUCUGUUUCUGUGUAGUUACCUGUUUUUUUUGUAUAGGAGUGUAUAUAAACAUCACAAAGCUGAAAUAUUGUUUGGUGUAUGGGAGAAAAUGGAAUCUGUACAGUAAGGUUUUAUGGUGUUGAAAUAAAACGCUACACUUUU